UACCUACCUACCUCCAACUCCUCCCACAUCCUAAACCACACGAAGCGAUACACAGAAAUCGGUUGCUGUACGCUGCCUGCUGACUUCAACCACACCAGACUUAUUUGCUCGCUUGUAUUACCAAUCUAGCGUGUCAAUUCAAGAGUUGUGAUCGUACAGGUCGAGGAACAUGGUCAUGCAUGUGAUUGGAGGAAGGCUUGCUGAUUCAUAUGUGAGAUGAACACGACGCAGCCUACCUUCCUUCCAGGAGCGCUCCAUUCACCUGCGCACCGUACUCCCUGUCACUCAUGCUCAAACUGGUACAUUGUUAAAGAUACCCACACUGCUAACGAGCAGAAAUAAAAAAAACCCCUCUAGCUUGGACCAGCAUGUCAACCAGCGAACCUACUCCCAUGACAAUCCCCAUCGUGGAUUUCAAAGCAUGGUUCAACACUGAGGAUGAAGCCGCCCGCCGACGGGUUGCACAAGAGCUUGUGGAAGCAUGUCAGCGAGUCGGCUUCGUUUACAUCAUCAAUCACUCUCUGUCCGAGCAUCUUCUUGACUCGACGUUUGACUGGAUGAGACGCUUGUUCGAGCUGCCGAGGGACAUUAAAAUGCAAGCACCUCAUCCUGAGGGGUGGGCAGUGCAUCGAGGGUACUCCUGGCCGGGCUUGGAGAAAGUUUCUCAAACCAUCAGCACUGGGGAAGAUGAAGAGACACGGCAGAAGCUGAGAGAAGUGCCAGAUGUCAAGGAGAUCUAUGAUAUCGGAAGUGAAGAAAACACUGCACAGCCAAACCAGUGGAUACCCGACGAGGCACUGGCGGGCUUUCGCAGCUUCAUGAAUCAGUUUUACUGGGAUUGUAACGGGGUGGGCAUCGAGAUUCUCCGCGCUCUUGCCCUUGGCUUGAACCUGGACGACGAGAAUCACUUGGCCAAAAAGCACUCAGGCCAUAACAAUCAGUUGCGACUUCUACACUAUCUACCAGUCCCAGCGAAUGAUCUUGAAAAAGAUCUGAUAGCUCGGUGUCCUGCACACACCGACUGGAGCUCAAUCACAAUGCUUUUCCAGGAUGAUUGCGGUGGCUUAGAGGUGGAAGACAUCUCUCGGCCGGGCAACUUUCUCCCUGCUGCUCCUGUCAAGAAUGCAAUCGUCAUGAAUGUUGGAGAUCUCUUGCAGCGAUGGAGUAAUGACCGUCUUCGGUCUACUAAUCACCGGGUCAGACUCCCGCAGUUGUCUGAUCGUUUUGAGGGCAGUAAUCGUAUGACGCGCGAACGCUUUUCCAUUCCGUACUUCAUGGCUCCAGACCCUGAUUCGGUCAUCGAGUGCAUUCCCUCGUGCAUGAGUGAGGAUGAGCCGGCCAAGUAUGAGCCGAUCACUCAAGCGGGCUACAAUCAGAUGCGGGCAUCGAUGAUGUAUUAGGUUCGAUUCAAUUUGAAACAAC